AUUUUCUAACAAUGAUGAACUAUUGCUUGCUUACAUACCGAACACGAUUAAGUCAUAUUCGUCGUGUUCUAGAAGAGUAAAUUUUCUUCUCCACAUCUAAUUGAAGACUGACAAAAAGACUUUUGAAAGUGGAAAGAGUCAGAUUUGUGCCAAGCUACGGUUGCACUGCUGCCCAAUAUCUUCCAUCAACUACACAAUCAUAAAGUAAACAUCUUCCACCAAUUAAAUUCAUAAACCAAUCACAAAAUUUUUACUACUGGAUAAAAGUUUUCUCAUGUAAUGAACACUUUAUAGCUCCUCUGUUUUCUUCUUUUUCUCCUGUACCAAUCUCGUAGUAUCUCUUUUUCUUCCAUCUCUAAAUCGCACUGGUCUAAGCUUUAUAAGAAAAAAUGGAGUCAAACCCAACAGAGUUCAAACUUUUAUGUUACGUCCUAACCCAGCUCGAUCCCAACUCUUACCCAAAACUCGGAGAAGAAAUUCAGCAGACUCUGCUGAUCCAGUUUCCCAAUUUGAAUCAUCCAAAAGUCCUAGACUCAAUGACCCAGAUCAUACCAAACGACGCCGUUCAAACCCUGUCCCUGCUACGCACCCUUGGUUCUCGCCCUGAUCCUGUAGCCGUUGCAGUUGCUCGUGAAAAGAUGGCAGAGAUUCAACACAAACUCCAAAGUACCAUCGAAGAAGAAGAAGAAAUACUUAAAGGAGCCGCUGAGAAGGAGUUGCAGAUAUAUGAAGCGGUGGUGAGAUUGGAGGACAUGCACGAGGCCUGUGGGAAACAUUUGAAGGAUGUGGAGGAGAAGUUGGUGGAGGCUUAUGGGUCAGUCAUCAUGGAGGUGUUCGACGAUGGAGUGAAUGAGGAAGUGAUUGGGAUAUUGAAAGAGGCAGAGACUCGGCUAGUGGAGAGGAUUGAGCUUUCUGAUCGCCAGCUUCGGUUUCUUCCCGAAGCUUUUGGGAAGCUUCAUGGCUUGGUCUCGCUCAAUUUGUCCCACAAUCAGUUAGAGAAUAUUCCAGAUUCAAUAUCAAGACUAAAGAAACUAGAGGAGCUUGAUGUUUCUUCCAACCUUUUGGUUUCGUUGCCGGACUCCAUUGGAUUAUUGCUUAACCUAAGGGUCAUCAAUGUUUCAGGCAACAAGCUUCGUUCCCUGCCUGAAUGCAUUUCUCUGUGUAGUUCCCUGGUGGAGAUAGAUGCGAGCUUCAACAACUUGAUGUCUUUGCCAGUAAACAUUGGUUAUGGACUACCAAAUCUUGAAAGGCUUUUGGUUCACUUGAAUAAAAUCCAUUUCCUACCAACAUCUAUUUGUGAACUGAAAUCAUUGAGGUACCUAGAUGUUCAUUUCAAUCAACUUCAUGGCCUUCCACUGUCAAUUGGAAGAUUGACAAAUCUUGAGGUCUUGAACCUUAGCAGUAAUUUUGGCGAUCUGAGGGAGCUUCCGGAAUCAAUUGCUGACUUAACCAAUCUCAGGGAGCUAGAUUUAAGCAACAAUCAGAUUCGAGCUCUUCCCAAUGCAUUUGGUCAGCUUCAAAAUCUAAAGAAGCUCAACUUGGAUCAAAAUCCGCUGGUUAUUCCCCCAGUUGACAUAGCGAAUAAAGGGAUUGAAGCGGUCAGGGAAUUCAUGUCGAAAAGGUGGUUCGGUACCUUAGCAGAGGAUCAACAGAGGAGCAUACAUGAUGAAACAAACAAGCAAGAAGCUCAGACUGGAUGGCUGGCUUGGGGAUCCUCCCUGUUAAGUAACUUUGUUUCUGGGGUUUCUCAGAGUGUUGGAAAUGGAAAAGCUCCUAGAGACCCUUGGUUGGAAGAAGAGCUGUAAUUGUAUAGCUUUUGGUGAAAUCUCCGUAAUAAUCAGUAUUAUGGUUUUGUAGUUUGAUGAUACAUGGUUUGUGGUCACUGUAAGAUACAAUAUUGAUGGCGCUAUUAUAUGAUAUGCUUGUAUGAAGAAAUAUGUCUUACAUUUUACUGUUAAGCUUCAGAUAUCAGGCUUCAUAAUUCUCAUGGUUUGUUAACAUGCCCAAGUCUACAAGUAUUUAUGGCUCACCUCUAUGGUCCAUGGGCAUUUACCUGAGUUUGAGUCUUCACAUGAACUUGAAAAAAGGCUUGGGUGUUCAACAGUCGAAUUGGGAAAGCUGGAGGAAAAUGGGAGUAUUACAAUUUGGCAUGGUUUUGGUGAAAGACAAUCCACUGGUUGUGGUGAGGAUGAUGAGGUCAGAGAGAGAGAGAGAGAGGUUUCAUAUAUGAGACUGGCUAAGGUCCACUUGAAAAUUGGAGAUUUCACGUUGAGUGGGAGUUCACACGUGACAAACAGAUGGCAGGGGCAGAAAAGAGUGGGGGUGUGUGGCUGGGGGUGGGUAAGAAGCGUUUUAGAGUGCAUUGGCGUUGAAAGAUAGAUGCAAUAAAGAAGAAAAGGAUUGAUGAGAGCAUGAGAUUGGUAGCUGUGUAAUGAUAACAAAAUAUUACGUCUAGUAGUCAAAUUUAGAACUUAGAACCUGAAAUAUCUUUUGACUUUUAUCAUGCUGAAUUACUAUUUCUCUAAAAAUUAAAGGCCAUUGAUAUCUUGUAUUAUAACUUGUAAUAUUGAUACCAAACUUAUAAAUGCAUGUGACUCUAAAUAAACCAGCACAUAUAUUUCAUUUAA